AGUUUCCAAGUGACAAUGACUGUUCAUUUCUUCACAGCUCAGGAUAAAGACUGCAAGACUCAACCUGUUACAGGACCUUGUGAAGCUUAUAUCCCCAGUUAUUACCACGAUCCAGACAGCCGCCAAUGUAAGAGAUUUAUUUAUGGAGGUUGUGGCGGGAAUGGAAACCGAUAUAACACGGUAGCAGACUGCUUGAUUACUUGUUCAGAAGGAUACUUUCCUGACUGUACAUCACCUCCAGUAAAAGGUCCGUGUCGUGCAGCGUUUACACGUUACAAUUAUAAUCCAAGAACCCAACAAUGUGAACUAUUUACAUACGGAGGCUGUAAAGGGAAUGGGAACCGAUACAAAACGGAACAGGAUUGUUUGGCUGCUUGUUCAGGGUCACGUUAUGCCUAACGUCUGUAGACGAAGAAGCUUAAAGAAAUAUGUAGUGAGCAUGAUAGAUUAACUUUUUAAAUGUUACUGUUCUGUGUGUUACUAGAUAUAUGUGUUCAAUACCUUCACUUCAUUCUAUUGUUAUAAUAUAAAAGUAUAUAUUACAAACUAAUAAAGAUCUAUAGUUCUGAAUUAA